UGAUGUUUUGUUGUUUGACGGAGCCUGUAAUUUGUAUUCGUGAUAGUGUAGUGGUUUCUGAUACCGGAUUAAUUGGUAACUUUCCACAAUUCUUCUACCAUCAUUCUUCAAUCUUUUUCGCUAAUUAUCACUCUCAAUUCCCAUAGCCUAUAUAAUGCUUCGUCUACAUGAAAAGUUUCCACGCGUAAUGUGACGGUCCACGUGCAAGUUCGUACCACGAUCACUGACCCUCCAUAGACUGUCUGUCGGGCAUUUUGCCAUAGUCAACAACCAUUCAACCCUUAUUGUCUUGGCAAUCUCUUUAUGCUUGCGUUUUUUAAGCUUGCAGCUUUCUGUUUCCUCGUGGGCGCAGUUUUUGCAGAACACAAUGGAGUGAACGCUUAAUUCUUAUCUACCCAAACUGAAGUCUGUGGAUUACAACUUCCCACGUUGUAGGAUCAGGACCGGAGGUGUCAAUCAUGAACGAGGAAAUCCUAGCAGUGGCCCAGCAGCUAAUCUAUGCUGUCGAGCUUUCGGUGAAUCCUCUGGCCGACCAGCAGGCCCGCGCCAAAGCUUAUCAUGACUGCGAAGUGUUUAAGGAGGAGUCGCCGGUCUGUUUCCAUUGCGGCCUGUACCUCGCUCAACGGCAAGAUCUGUCCCCAACAGUGCGCCAUUUUGGACUUCAACUGAUUGAGCACUGCAUCAAGUACAAGUGGUAUGACAUGCAACAAAAGGAGAAACUCUUCUUGAAGGAGAACAUAAUGGAACUGCUGGGUGCAGGAAUGGAGCCAUUGCCUGCACAAAACAGCACCUUACUCCAAAAUGCACUAUCUCGUGUCAUUGUCGAAAUGAUCAAACGUGAAUGGCCGCAGCAGUGGCCAACCCUCCUUCAGGAACUGCAUGGCGCUUGUAACAGAGGCUGUCCUCAGACUGAGAUUGUUUUGCUCAUUUUCUUGCGUUUAGUAGAGGAUGUUGCUCAAUUGCAGAACCUGGAGUCUGCUCAAAGACGUAAAGAUAUCUAUCAAGCCUUGACUACUUACAUGGCUGAUAUUUUCACUUUCUUCAUGGACCUGAUCAGUAAACAUCACUCCCUGGCAACUGCCUCGCAAGGUCACCCAGUAGGCCAGCAACACAUCAGGAUUGUGCAGUUGAUCUUAGAAACUCUGUGUGGAUUUGUGGACUGGGUCUCCAUAACACAUGUAAUCUCCAAUGAUGGGAGGUUGCUUCAAACUUUGUGCUUGCUUCUGAUCGAUCCAAACUUUCAAAAUCAAGCUGCUGAGUGCUUAUUGGAGAUUGUAUCUCGGAAAGGCAAACUAGAAGAGCGCAAGCCGUUAAUGAUCCUUUUCAGCCACGAUGCAUUGACUUACAUCAAUGAAGCAGUGAAGACUUGUCAAUCAAUGCCGAUCAGUGAAAAAUCUUACCUGUUCAUCAAAAAUUUAACAAAGGUCUUGCAUGGGAUGAGUACUCAGCUGUGCAGUAUCUGGGGUAAAGAGGAUGGCUGCAACGGGCAUAAAAAUUCUCCGAAUUCCCACCCGAUCUCCCGACCGGACGCCUUUGGAGUUUACAUGCAAGCAGUCGUUGCGUUUAGUAAACACCCAUCACUCACGAUCGUUCAUCUCAUCAAUCCCAUCUGGAACUCAUUUCUGAAACAUGACAGUAUCUCUAAGGAUCCUGUCUUCCUUACUUUCCUUCCUGAAUGGGUGGAUGCAUCAGCCUCCAAACUAAUCAAGAUGGUGUAUCCUGCUGUGAGACUGGAAAAUGUUGGCCAUGAGUCCCUUCUUUAUGCUGUCUUGGAUUACGACAGUGAAGAAGAGUUUAACAGUUUCUUUUUCCGAUCCAGGACUGACUUUCUAGAAACUUUUCGUCAAGCUACUCUUGUUGCCCCUCUAAUAACAUACGGCUAUGCAGAAAAGUGGCUUUUCAACAAGAUACAAAAUGCAGUCAAUCUUCCGAAAGAACCUCUUACCUUGCAAUCUCCAGAAUAUCUGGAAUGGGAAGCUGUCUCCAUGUUGUUAGAUAGUGUGCUGAGUAAGAUCGUCAUGUGUUCGGAAAGACCACCUGUAUCAAAUGGAAUCCUUCUGUUAGACCAGUGCCUGGCGCUUACACCGUCAGAUCCAUUGAUUUUGUCCUGUCUCCUCUCCUGUAUCUCAGCUCUGUUUGUUUUUCUCAGCAUGUCUCCUGUGGAAACAACGAAAGUCUAUCUACCCCGCACAUUAGAUAAAAUUUUCGAAACACUCAUCUAUCCUUUGCCAGCAGAAAGCGAUAAAGAAACCAGGCAGAAAGCUGUUAACCUCCGCCGCCACGCUGCCUCCCUUUUAGUCAAAAUAAGUCAAAAGUACCCUCUUCUACUCCUCCCACUCUUCGAUGUAAUCAGUGUCACCAUUACAAAUCUUCGUUAUAAGACUGCUCAACUCUUAAAUUUAGAAUUCACUUGCUUAAUGGAAGCAAGCUUACUUAUAAGUAACCACUUCUGUGAUUAUGAGCGACAGACCAAAAUAGUCGAAGAGCUCAUUACUCCAUUUGUUGCGCCAUGGUUGACCAUCUGUAAGACAAGUCUGACCAAUCCGAUGGAGUUCAUGAACUACAUUGGUCUCAACAUACCCCCUUACGAAGACCACAAGGCAGAUCCUAAUUUCAGUAGACGAUCUCAGAUUUGGAAUAUUAUUGAAGUCUUACUUGCCAUAACCAGGCGGUGUGUCUGGCCGGAUGAUCCUGACAAAGCAUUGAAAGGUGGAUUCCUUGUCGGUCUGACUGAAUCGGGAAAUCCGAUCUAUCGCAAUCCAGCAGCUUCACACGUUUUGCCUCUACUUCCUGGUGUCUUCAAUCUCCUUCAUGUCCUCCACUCUUUGUGGACACCUCAAGCUGUUAGCUUGAUACCAGAAGGUUAUCGUGGAGCGACUGAUAUGCUGGAGAGUGACAAAAACUAUUUACUCGGACUGACCACCUCCAGUGAAAUAGCUCGAAUGAACAGUAGCCCAUGUUUUCAGAUGCAAAACUUCCUUGCUACAACCUACGACCUUUCUUGUCAUAUUUUAAGUUGUGCUUGCCAAAAUUUUGGCUAUAGCUUUUAUCAAAUCCAAGACUUAUCAGCAACCAUUAUCAAUGUUAUGUUAUCUAAUUUAGAGAAUGUUCCUGAUUACCGCCUACGGAUUAUCAUACGAGCUUUCUUGAAGUCUUUAAUCAUAUCUUGUCCCAGUAUGUACUAUGAGUCUGUUCUCAUGCCUGUCUUAUCGCACUUCACUCCAUUCAUGUGCGAACGACUUAGCCUCAAAUGGGAACUGCUGCGGCAGAUGCGAGAAUCGGGGAAGAUUGAUGAUAACGAUGAAAAUACUCAGGAACUAUUGGAAGAUAUGUUGAACCGGCAGCUUACCCGAGAAUAUCUAGAUGUAGUAAAAAUCAUUCUUUAUGGUGGAAGUGGCACAGAAAAAGGAUCAUUAGAUGAUGCCAUGGACGGAAAUGACUCAAGUCAAACACCGCCUCAGCCGACAAGCUCUCUUCAUCCGGAAGUUAUCAGCGAACUUGGGAUCAAAGUCAUGAGGAACAGUCGCACAUGUCAGGGAAUUGCUCAGUUCAUGCUGAGGUGUCUCACUUGGUGUGACAGUACUAACAGUCUGAAAGUGUGCAGUCUCAUGUACGGCAUGGUGAGGCAGUUACACAACGACAAACACAUUACACCACCGUUUGCAGCCUGUAUCAUGGAAACCAUCUUUCACGCACUUGAAUUGCACGGGCAACACGAUGCCAACCUCGGCUCGCUCCAACUUCUAGGCACUCAGCUCUAUGAGCUCCUCAGACCAAAACAUCCGGAAAUUUUAGAGGUUUUAAAAUCCAUACCAAAUGUCCAUCUUGUCGACAUUCAAAAGUUUGAUGAAAGGAUGCUUAAAGAAACGAGCAAAGGAAGCAAAGUGGACAAAUCUAAGAGAGAAAUGUUCAAGAAAAUAACUCAGUCGUUAGUUGGAUGCAAUUUAGGCCAAAAAUUCCGGCGCAAAGCUGCGAUCCGGGAACUACCAAGAAUAUCUGUGCCUCCGCGGAACAGUGUGCCAUCAUUAUUGGACUCUAGCGUUAAUGGUUCUGAUCUGAACUUAAUGCAGCUUUUCCAUAAACCAUAGCAUAAGCUGGCACAGUUAAAAAUUAGUUUUUUUAUUUUAAUUGCGACUGCUGUUCACACAGCAUCGAACCAUGUAAAUCUGUACAAUUAUCCUCCUUUAAGCAUUUAAUGAGUUCCAACGAUGUAAGUUGCAAGGGGAGUCUAUUUCUUGGUGCAGUGUUUCAAACCUGUCUCUGAGAGUUGCUGUAAGUCAAAAUCCAAGCCUCAUUGGUUUUUGUUUAAUUUUUUUUAAUCACUCUUUAUAUAUUUUUUUUAGCAUCUUAAUUAGUGAAUUUUGUUUUAUAAAUCAGUUUUUCUCUCAUUUUUUAAAUUUUCUGUUUUUAAUUUUGCAUUUCUGUGUUUCAAUUAAGCAACUACUCUGAAUGAAUAGAUUUUUCCUUUAAUUGAUGACCUGGUCUGCCCAAAUGUUUCCACAAAGGUUCUAUAUGGUGCAGAGCACCAUUUUAAUUUCCAGAAACAAUUGUGCAUCCACCAACAAAAAAACACACACAAAAAAAAACCGUACAUUUUCAAUUAUGGAUUCAAGAUGCUAGUGAUUCUCUGAAAUGUCAUUGGUAUCAAAUGUGUCAUUAGUGUAAAAAGUAACUCCCAAAAAUAAAUCUAAAAAAUUAAAGGAUUGAACCAUUCAAAGGCUUCAAAAACUGUAUGUUGAAGUAUCAUUGCAGAGCUUUUUCACUAGCCAAUCCAAAUCUGGUUUUUGUUUGACUAAUGUAAAUCAGUUCACUUCAAUGCCAUUCGAUUUAUUACUUAUUAUUAAAUUGUUUGUGCAAGUAUAGAAAAUACAUUUCCGUUUGUUUUUCUGCUAUUUAAAUGGAAUUACCUAUUUCUUCGUAUCCAUCACUGUGUUGGGUGCCCCAGUAAUCGCCAUUAUUUUAUCAAGUAGAAAAUUUUUCUCCGCAUGAAUUAGUUUAUUUAUAAUUUUAACCCAUUAAGACUCUCAGAGUCAGAACUGUACCGUGUUUAGAGGAAACUGUCACUGUGAUCGCCGAAUUUCUUAAAUUUUGCAUAUUUCAUGAGCAACUGUUCUUGUAAGUGAGUUCCGAAAACUCUGAGUUCGAUGGUUAAUCACUCGCUACUGCAGUUGCAAGCAGGAAAGAAGGUGGAAAAUUGACUGUGAAGUCAAAUGCUCUUCUCUAACCUUUAAUCAUUACUUUUUCUUGUUACCUCUUUCCUCAACCUACCUAUACACAAAUUUUGAUGUUUUACUGUCUGCUAUGCCUUAAAUUUGUUUAUACUUUACUCUGCAUUUUCCCAUCUUAUAAGCUCUGCUGAGCUUCUGUGGUUAAUGAGUCGAAUGUUGACGUUAUGGAAUUUUGCAUUGCAAAUCAGAGGCUGUAAAUAAGCAGGAAAUAAUAAGUUCUGACAUUUUUACGUCCAAUAUUCGCGGUGAUUUUGCGCUUCCUAAAACCUGUUAAAUGGUUGAACAUUUUUAUAAACUGUCAGGUUCACACAUAAAGGAUAGGUUUUCGGCGCUAAUUUUGCAAAUCAAGCCUUUAAUUAAUCCCUCAGCCUUUCUUUGAAUUUUUUAUCACUAUCAAAUUUUCAGUGGUUGGAGCCACUCUAACGUGUCAUUAUCUACACAGCUAUUGACUCCCCUUGGCGAAGCCAGUUCCUUCCUCUCUUUGAAUUUUUAUAAUUGUGAUUCAAAUUGUAUUUAAACCUUUCUUUUUUUCAUAAUUUUUUACAAACAUGUUUAUUUCUUAGGUUUUCACGUACUAGUACUUUGUUUUUGCGAAUGACUCUAAAGCUGGAAACCAUUAAACUCGGUGAUACGCCUGCUGGUUCCAGGUUUUUGGAGAUUCGCCAUAUCUUCUCAUGUAAAUUAACGUAAAGUAGAAUAAAUUGCUUUGAGCCAUUUUGUAAUCUGUGACCAACCAGGGGAAUAGGUACCUAAGUGAAAGGAUGCAAAUUAUAUACAUAGAAGAGAAAAUUUUAUCAAUGUACAUUGAUCAAUCUUACUUUUAAUUCUGUUAAGAUAGUACCAUCCGGUAUUCCUAAAGAUGAGUUGUGAGUGGUUUAUUGUAUUUUUGUGUCAGUUGAAGGCGUUGUGGUGACAAAGCUCAGCAAGCUAGAAGUAUCAAAAUUUGACCAUUUUGAGCCUCGAAAAUGGCAAAUUUCAACCUCAAAUAAAUUUUUCUUCUUUUUCCCCAAACCAUCUCUUGAAAAUCUACAAGCUGUCAUGACUCCUGUUCUUAUGGCAAGAAUUGACCAUAUCAGCCAUUUUUCACACACAUAGGAGCUCCUCAAGCGAGAAGGUUGUGGAUCAUAUCAAACAUAUUACUGAGAAGUCUUACGUUUCCUUCAAUAAUGCUCAAGUUCUGCACAGGAUCCGGUGUGUAUUUUUCACGGUUGAUAGUUGAUCAACUCUGUUUAAAAAAAUAGCUGAACAUUUUUUAGCUGUUUUUUAUUAAGCUUUCUGGGCCUCCUCAAAACCAAAAAAUACAUGUCUCUACAAGUCAAAUUUCAACUCUUGAAUCUGAUUAACUUGAGAAGCUCCUUGUGUCAGAAAUCACAGAAGAUAAAGAAUAUAGAAAAGUGUUACGUUUUGUGGAUUUACAGGUAAAUGGAGAGGAGUUGGGAUGUUACGCAAGGAAAGGUACUGUUCAGGCGUUGAAGUCAAUAUUGAGAUGUUAGUAUCAUUGCCUAGAAAGAAGUUUAAAAAACGAUUUGUUGCAAAUAUCACCAAAGAUCAUUCAUCAAAUUUCAAGUAACGAUGGUUUGAAGUCGAAACGAAUUUAUACUUUUCCUCUGUACCGUGAAGGACUUCCUUCUUGAUUUUGAUUAAGCUUUGAGUCACAAGAAGUUUUCUUGGCACAUGGAACAGCAAGUCUUGGAGGAUCUAUCUUAAGGUCAUCAAUUAUUUUGUGCUACAAGCACCUAGAUAUUAUUUCAGGGACAAAAUCCCACUUUUAAAGUAGCUUUAUUUUCACUCAUUAUAUAGGUUUUUCCAUCUUUAUCCUAAUUUCAAGUUAACUUGCCACUCUAAACGCUCAAAAAAAUCCCCCCCCCCCCCCAAAUAGUAAAAAAUCUUGCUUUAAUCCUCAACGAGAUUUUUAAAGUUGAAUCAACCAGAUGUUAAGUCUUUAUCAAUGAUCAAUUUUAGACUAUUUUUGUCAAAUUCUAAAUUAAUUACCAUCUACAAGGUUGUGAUGGAUCUAGUGAGGUACUUGUAUCAGUAUCACAUCCUCGUCUUAGCUUAUUUAUGAGAGAUGUAGAGAAAGCUCAAAAAAGUAGAUUUUAUGUUUAAUUUUUCAUGCGCUGAAUUCUGAACUAUGUCUCAACUAGUUUGUCUCUUCUAUCGACAUGUCAAAACUUCCGUCUUAGUCAUUUUAUCAGUAAUGUCAGUGAUCUUUCUACAUCUUAUCACAAAUAUGCCUCCAAAAUUUUCCUAAAAAUUGUCAAUUGAUUUUCUUUUGAAAAAUUGUAACAAAAAUGGAAACUUUUUAGCAUUGCAUUUUGCUAUUUUGCUAAGUAUUUGCGCAGUCAUUGAAAUUAGAAUUUCAACUAAAGCUUCUCCUAAAAAGUUUUGCAAAUCAUUAACUUAAUAACUCGAUCCUUCACUUAGUUCAACAGCUCUUUCAUUCCAGAUUUCAUGCCCUCUGAAGACUACAUAUAAAAAUGUUUCUUGUCACUUUUCUCCUUUUGCCAAACAAUGUCUUAAAACAACUUCUGAGCUUUCAAUUUUUAGCCCCAAACAUUAUUGAUGCACAGUUCGAAAUGUUUUUUUGUGAUAUUGCCCUGACGUCAGAAUGACUGCUCUGAUUUCAUAAAUAAAAUGUAAUCAUAAUACUGAAGGGAGAAUUCGGUACUCUCAUCAUAGGUUGAAUAAAUUUUUCUAUUGUCAUUUGUUUAUUUCUAUUAUUUGUCUUAUUUUUAUGUCAGCGAUAAUUCGAAUGGACUUUGAAACUUAUCAAAACAUGUAUGACUUUUGUUCUCUUUUUUUUAAAAAAAAAAAUACAAUUUUUGUUAUUUA